AUGGACCACGCGUUCGAUCAGUUUCACAUUCGGCUCGUUGAGGCAGGUGCAGAUGCGACAGAUGAGGUCGACUUCGUCGCUCCGCAGCAGCUCAGGCUCACAUUCCACAGGAAUAUCAAGGGAUUCCUUGUCCAGGGCGGGGAUCCUACCGGCAAGGGGAAGGGCGGCGAGAGCAUAUAUGGCGGACUUUUCGAGGACGAGAUAGUAGGGCACCUCAAGCAUGACAAGAGGGGCGUUGUCUCCAUGGCAAAUCUUGGGAAGCCUAACACCAACGGCUCACAGUUCUUCAUCACGUACGCCAAGCAGCCCCAACUCAACGGAGCGUAUACGGUGUUUGGAAGGGUUAUAGACGGGAUGGAUGCACUUGCCAAGAUGGAGGACGGUAGGUUACGGCAACACGCAACUGCAAUGAGCGCAGAACCCGUUGGAGAAAAGUAUCGGCCCACCAACCCUAUUACCAUACAGAAGGUCACUAUUCACGCCAACCCAAUCGCAGAGAGUGAAGCUUUGGAGGAAACUAAUUGA